GGCUAAAAGAAAACUUCAAAUCCAAGUCAAGCUCGCUUGGAUACCGAUUCCGCCGGUUACCUCGGUCCCCUCGGUUGUAUGUCGACCCGCGCCGGCCGAUGUCGUAUGAUAUUAUCAUUUGUCCCGACCAGCAGCAUCAAUAUUAAAAAUGACACGCUGGAUGUUCAGAUUAGCAACGCCGCUGGCUUGCGAGAGUGCCACAUAGUGAGGUUCACUUCCGAAUCAACGGGACAACGGUUUAGUUCAAUCGCAAGGUCCGUGCGAUCAACGUGUCGCCCGUUGCCGCCUACCCGCACGCUCCCUGGCCAGCCGAUGAUGACAGCUGUUUCGCACGUGUCCGUGCAUUGACAGGGAGGCGCGGUCCACAGUCUUCGCUGGUCGGAACUGCCGUUCUUUUCGCGGCCCACUUCCUGGUCUUUGACCGGAAUCGGACCCGAGCCUGAGCCCCGCGUCCAGAACCCGUUUCGUUUCCGGUGCCUUUUGACGCUGCUCAUAACGGUACUCGAUCGGCAGCUGGGGUGGGGUUUACGUCGGGUGUGCCGGGCUCCCGACGCAUCAUUCGGUGGCCGGUGACCCACGGAACAGCGCGCACGCCGCAGACAGGAAGUGACGGCAGCCAUGGCUGCCAGGCGUCGUCUUAUUGACAUUGGGGCAAACCUGACUGAUCCCAUGUUUCGAGGAAUCUACAAUGGCUCGCAGAAGCAUGUCGACGACCUGCAGGAGGUUCUAAAGCGAGCCGCUGCCAAUGGUUUGGACAAGGUGCUUGUGACAGGAGGCAGCUUGGAGGACAGUCGACAAGCACUGAACUUGGCAAGGACUCAUGACAUGCUGUACAGCACGGUGGGCUGCCACCCGACCCGAUGCCAGGAUUUUGAGGCCGAUCCCCGAGGCUACCUGAGCCAGCUGGAGUCCCUCGUCGCACAGGGCGGCAGCAAGGUGGUUGCCGUGGGCGAGAUGGGCUUGGACUAUGACCGGCUGGAGUUCUGUGGCAAGGAGAUGCAGCUGCGCUACCUGGAGCUCCAGCUGGGCCUGGCCCAGGUGUCCGGACUGCCCCUGUUCCUGCACUGCCGGAGGGCGGCUGCGGAUCUUUUGGCGCUGUUGCGCAGGAACCGGACGCGCUUCUCGGCCGGCGUGGUUCACUCGUUUGAUGGCACCAAGGAAGAUGCGGCUGCAUUUCUCGACUUGGGCCUCCAUAUUGGGAUCAAUGGCUGUUCACUCAAGACAAAGGACAAUCUGGAGGUUGCAGCCACCAUUCCCACCGAGAGACUGCUCAUUGAAACAGACUGCCCCUGGUGCGAGGUGCGGCCAAGUCACGCCGGAGCCAAGCUGGUCAAGACGAGCUUCCCCUGCAAGAAGAAGGAACGCUUCGAGCCGGGCUUUAUGGUCAAGGGACGCAACGAGCCUGCAAAUCUCGUGCAGAUAGCGGAGAUAUUGGCGGGCGUCCGUGGCGUCGAUGUGGAUCAGCUGACCGCACAGAUCUACGAGAACAGCAUGCGGCUCUUCUUUCCCGGAAGCCCUCCCGCGCUCGAGCAAGCCCAACGACUCCAGUCUUGAGGGCAGCACCGGAGCAGUUGAAGACUGUUCCAGUGGGCAGCCUGGGUCACCCUCGUGCCAUAUCAUGAGCUCUCUAUACUAUAUGCUUGCGUCAAUCUUUAUGAAAGGAAAUCGUACUGACUGAGAAUAAAUGCUUUUCUAAACUUCCA